GAGAAAGUGUUCAAUUUGGUGAAAAAACGUCAAAGAGUGGAAAGAUGUUUCGUUGACAGUUGACAGCUGUUGGGAUCUGCAAAUAAAACAUUUCUGGCGAAAUCAGCGGGUAAAGCGACGGUUCAUUUAUUGUUUUCUCCGUAAACUUUUUCGCAAAGUGAAAUGAAUAAGUUUCUGUCAGAGGCACGAAAGUGUCUGACACUCAAAAAACCAUUAUGCAUAAUAAUCGGCAAUGAUAGUUGUGACCUCGAUUCAGCCGUCUGUGCCUUAACCCUGGCAUUUUUCUACACAAAGUAUCCGAAAUUAAUUGACGAAUUGGUUCCAGUAGAAAUUCCCAUCGUACCCGUGUUGAACACUUCACGUACAAAUUUGCCAUUGAAGACUGAAGUCACUUAUUUUCUCAACAAAAAUAAAAUCUCCCAGGAAGAUGUCAUUUGCAGUGAUGAAGUGGCUGCUAGUUUAUUGGACACAUCAAAAUUUAUUCUAGUGGACCAUCAUCUCAGUCCAUUCAACAAACAAACAAUUAAGGUCAUCGAUCAUCGCCCCUUUUAUUCUGGAUCGAAUCUGCCUGCCGACUGUCAAGUGAAUAUAAGUGAAGUGGGUUCUUGUGCAACUUUAAUUGCCGAUUUGAUAUUCGCAUCGAAUGUCGAUACCAAUUGCGAUCAGAUAAGAGAAACACUAAGAAUGCUACACGCACCGAUAGUCCUCGACACAGUCAAUUUCUCAAAGGAUGCCGAUAAAGCUAAACCGUUAGAUCAAUCGAUAUGUGAUAAAAUCGAAGGACUGCUCGACAUUGACGCAGAAAAUCGUAACCAUUUAUUCAAUGAAUUGGUUGAAGCUAGAGCUGAUGUCAGUUCGCUAGACUCUCUUCAGAUACUGUCGAAGGAUUUGAAAAUAAUUUAUAGCGUUGAUGGUCGUCGAGUUAUCGCCAUUCCCGGCUAUCCAAUAUCUGUGCUCGAGUACACGAACAUGUUAAAUGCCAAAGAAAAUCUAUUAAAAUUUUCCGAUAUUCAUCGAUGCGAUGUCAUCGUACUGAUGGGAAUGAAAGUUGUCGAUGGCCAGGUGUCACGUGACUUGGGAAUUGUUAAUUUUAAAGAUCAUCAUUUAUUCGAUAAAAUUGUUGAGCGACUUAUUGAUGAAACAUCAACGUUAUCGUUGGUAGCAGACGAGAGUGUGGAUUUCUUGGAUGGGAAAUUUUAUGCUCAAAAGAAUGUGAAAGCAUCAAGGAAGCAAAUACUUCCGAUGGUUAAGAAUGUGUUGGAUGAAUUAUACGGAAAAUGAUCGAUUAAAGUAAAAUUGAAGUUAC